AUGGCGUCCGAGUUCAUCGGCUACACCAUUCUGGUCACUCUCAAGAGCCCGCCGUGGUGGCCGAACACCCAGGUGCAGGGUGUCGUCGCCGACGUCGCGAACCAGAAGCUAUUUCUACAGGAUGUUUUACUACUAUGGAAUAAUCAACGACUGGCCACCUACACGCUCGAAUCCUCCUCCAUCGCCGACCUAGAAGUCUCGCCUGUUCAACCAAGGGCCAAAGAGGAAUUACCUGCACCAGCUGCCCUCACUCAUGCCGAGAAAGCCGCUAUCCCGAGCGACCCUGAGACGCAGCGAAAUCAAGCUGCAUUCCUAGACCCCGCCAUCAUCAGUUACACAAAGCCUCCGAUCACAGCAGCAGCAGUGCCUCCGACGGCGCACCCACCGCAACCGGCUCCCCCGGUUGACGGCGCUGUUAGCAGUCCUUCCACGCGAUUGCCGAGGGAUGGUAACGUGAAUGUGGGGAGUAGCUCGGUUUCCAGCAUUGCCACUGCUGUGCCCAAGUGGCCGGAAAGGAAAGGUACAUCUGCAAGCGCAACCCUUACCGAACCGUUCGAUGCGUUGCGUCUCGGGAACAGUGUGGCCGAAGUGAAAUCAGUGGCGCAGACCGUGAAUAAAAGCCAGGUCCGAGACACCCCCUCUCAAACUGGACCAGGAAUCAUCGACAUGAAGGAUGUCAACCAUGGCCCGUUGAAGAACCCAAAGAAGGCUGGAAAGGGCAAGGGAUGGCGGCAGACACCCCUGAUUGAAGAGGUACCUAGAUCGAGCAAGAAGAAUCAUACGCAACGAGGUCGCAAAGCUGUCGAAGACCUCAAUGGGUGGGCGACUGAAGAUGCUACUGACAUUCAGGAUCUGGGCGAUUUUGACUUUGAAUCAAACCUGUCCAAAUUCGACAAGCGACGGGUAUUUGACGACAUCCGACAAGCGGACACCACGGCGGACGCCGACAGACUGGUGAGUUUCAAUCGCAAAGCACGACCCGGGACCAAUGGUGGGCGAAACCUUCAUUUCACCGAGAACGUGCUGGACACCCCACAUGCAAAGGACAAGGACCGAUGGAAGAGUGAGGCUGGUGAGACUGAGGACGAAGUCCCGGAAGACCAUUACAGCAGCGGGAAGGGGUCGAGAAGAGGCACUUCCAGACGGCCACUCCAGUCCAGAAAAGCAAGCGUCAUUCCCGGGCAUAUUGACCAGACCGAAUCUCCGCGGCCGCUGGGACGAAUCCAGACAGCAUCGCCUCUCAAUGGUUCUGUGUCGGGCAUCCGUGCUUCGUUCAAAAUGGCCAACAACAAACCUUGCCAUUGCCUCUCGCCACUCCAAAUGCUUGAGAUCGAGCAGUUGUGUAUUUCCGAACUGGGGUUGACCGAGGACAUGCUCUCGGAAAAUGCGGGGCGCAGCAUCGCCAUGGGCGUUCUCAAGGUGCUACCCAGCGCCAAAAGCGUGGUUUUCUUGGUUGGUAAUCACAAAUCCGGUGCUAGAGCCAUCGCGGCAGCCAGGCAUUUACGCAACCGUCGGCUCAGGGUGACGGUCGUCGUCCUCGGAGGGGAGCGCGAAGAGCUACUGCUUGAGGUGAUGCGAAAACAACUGGGAAUCUAUAAAAAGGGACAAGGAUAUGUGGAUCGGUGGGAUGAGUACCAAGCCAAGGCAUCUGGAGGGGCCCCUGCCCCGGACGUGGUUGUCGAUGCCUUACUCGGGGUACAUGUCACAUUUGAGGAAAUCCGGACGGACGACCAGGCGACAGUGCUGGAAAUGAUUCGAUGGGCGAAUCGAACGUCUAGCGUGCUCUCCAUCGAUGUGCCAACCGGGCUGUCUGCCACUUCGGGGUUGUUGACCGAAGUGGAUGGUCAAGCGCUGGUCAUGGCAAGCAAACACGUUCUCAGCCUGGGAGCGCCCAAGACUGGACUGCUCCACGCCAUGGCCGUGGAUGGAUUUGAGGUCAGCUGGCAAGUCUGGGUGGCGGACAUUGGGAUUUCGGCGGCGGCAUGGCAAAAGCAUGGAUCUCGACGACAACAUGGGACGGACUUUGGGAGUGAAUGGGUGGUUCCGGUCAAGUUUGUUUUGGGGACACAAGGCUGA